AUGAAGGCAGGCUGUGCAGCAGGGUCUCCGGGGAAUGAAUGGAUUUUCUUCAGCUCUGAUGAAAGGAGGACACGCUCUAGGAAAACAAUGUCCAACAGGGCACUGCAAAGAUCCUUGGUGCUGUCAGCGUUUGUCUUACUGCGAGCUGUUACCGGCUUCUCUGGAGACGCGAGAGCGAUAUGGACUAAAAAACAGUAUGUGAGUCCGGUGAAUGCAAGUCAGCUGUUUCUCUAUGACACUUUCCCUAAAAACUUUUUCUGGGGCGUUGGGACCGGAGCGUUUCAAGUGGAAGGGAGUUGGCAGACAGACGGAAGAGGACCCUCGAUCUGGGAUCGGUUCAUCUUCACCCACCUGAGAGAUGUCAACAUCACAGACAAAUCCGCCGACAGUUACAUUUUUCUGGAAAAGGACUUGUUGGCUCUGGAUUUUUUAGGAGUUUCUUUUUAUCAGUUCUCAAUCUCCUGGCCACGUUUGCUCCCGAAUGGAACAGUAACAGCCGUGAAUGCAAAAGGUCUCCAGUACUACAAUGCACUUCUGGACUCGCUGAUACUUAGGAAUAUUGAGCCCGUUGUUACCUUAUACCACUGGGAUUUGCCUUUGACACUGCAGGAAAAAUAUGGGGGCUGGAAAAAUGCGACCAUGAUAGAUCUCUUCAAUGACUAUGCUGCAUACUGCUUCCAGACCUUUGGAGACCGUGUCAAAUAUUGGAUUACAAUUCACAAUCCUUACCUUGUUGCUUGGCAUGGGUUUGGCACGGGUGUGCAUGCGCCAGGAGAGAAGGGAAAUUUAACAGCUGUCUACACUGUGGGACACAACCUGAUCAAGGCUCAUUCGAAAGUGUGGCAUAACUACAACCAGAACUUCCGCCCCCAGCAGAAGGGUUGGCUGUCCAUCACCUUGGGGUCCCAUUGGAUAGAACCAAACAGAACGGAAGACUUGGCGGAUGUAGUGAGCUGCCAGCACUCCAUGGCUUCUGUGCUUGGAUGGUUCGCCAACCCCAUCCACGGGGACGGCCAGUACCCUGAGUACCUGCGGACGAUGCCCGACGUGCCCAUGUUCUCUGAGGCAGAGAAGGAGGAGGUGAGGGGCACGGCCGACUUCUUUGCCUUUUCCUUCGGGCCCAACAACUUCAGGCCUUCGAACACCGUGGUGAAAAUGGGGCAAAACGUAUCGCUCAGCUUAAGACAGGUGCUGAACUGGAUUAAACAGGAAUAUGACAACCCUCGAAUCUUGAUUUCGGAGAAUGGCUGGUUCACAGACAGUUAUAUAAAGACAGAGGACACCACGGCCAUCUACAUGAUGAAGAACUUCCUCAACCAGGUUCUUCAAGCAAUAAAGUUUGAUGAAAUACGAGUGUUUGGUUACACCGCCUGGUCGCUCCUGGACGGCUUUGAAUGGCAGGAUGCCUACAGGACUCGCCGAGGACUGUUUUAUGUGGAUUUUAACAGUGAACAGAAGGAGAGGAAGCCCAAGACCUCGGCACGUUACUACAAACAGAUCAUACAAGAAAAUGGUUUCCCUUGGAAAGAGUCCACACCAGAUGUGCAGGGCCAGUUUCCCUGUGACUUCUCCUGGGGAGUCACCGAGUCUGUUCUUAAGCCGGAGCUCAUGGUGUCCUCCCCACAGUUUAUGGACCCUCACCUGUAUGUGUGGAACGCCACUGGCAACAGAUUGCUACAGCGAGUGGAUGGAGUAACGCUGAAAACAAGGCCAUCCCAUUGCACAGAUUACGUGAGCAUCAAAAAGCGAGUUGAGAUGUUGGCCAAGAUGAAAGUCACCCACUACCAGUUUGCUCUGGACUGGACCUCCAUCCUUCCCACUGGCAAUCUGUCUCAAGUUAAUAGACAAGUGCUAAGGUACUAUAGGUGCAUCCUGAGUGAAGGACUGAAGCUGGGCGUCUCCCCCAUGGUGACACUGUACCACCCCACCCACUCCCAUCUAGGCCUCCCCGAGCCGCUUCUGAGCAGCGGGGGAUGGCUAAACACAUACACGGCCAAGGCCUUCCAGGACUACGCAGGGCUCUGCUUCCGGGAACUGGGGGACUUGGUGAAGCUCUGGCUCACCAUUAACGAGCCUAAUAGGCUGAGUGAUAUGUACAACCGCACAAGUAAUGACACCUACCGUGCAGCCCAUAACCUGAUGAUCGCCCAUGCCCAGGUCUGGCGCCUCUACGACCAGCAGUACAGGCCGGUCCAGCGUGGGGCCGUAUCGCUCUCCCUACAUUCCGACUGGGCAGAACCUGCCAACCCCUAUGUGGACUCACACUGGAAGGCAGCCGAGCGCUUCCUCCAGUUUGACAUCGCCUGGUUCGCAGAUCCGCUCUUCAAGACUGGGGACUACCCAUUGGCCAUGAAGGAGUAUAUUGCCUCUAAGAACCAGCGAGGGCUGUCCAGCUCAGUCCUGCCGCGCUUCACCGGCCAGGAGAGCAGGCUGGUGAAGGGCACCAUCGACUUCUAUGCGCUGAACCACUUCACGACCAGGUUCGUGAUACACAAGCAGCUGAACAGCAGCCGCUCCGUGGCAGACAGGGACGUCCAGUUCCUGCAGGACAUCACCCGCCUGAGCUCGCCCAGCCGCCUGGCUGUAACGCCCUGGGGAGUGCGCAAACUGCUUGGGUGGAUCCGGAGGAACUACGGGGACAUGGACAUCUACAUCACAGCCAAUGGCAUCGAUGAUCUGGCUCUGGAGAACGAUCGGAUCCGAAAGUACUACUUGGAGAAGUACAUCCAGGAGGCGCUGAAAGCAUACCUCAUCGACAAGGUCAAAAUCAAAGGUUACUAUGCAUUCAAACUGACCGAAGAGAAAUCAAAGCCUAGAUUUGGGUUGUUCACAUCUGAGUUCAAAGCUAAGUCCUCUGUCGAGUUUUACAGCAAGUUGAUCAGCAGCAGUGGCUUCCCCUCUGAGACCAGCAACAGUCCCGCAUGCCGUCGGCCUCCAGAGGACACGGAGUGCACCCUCUGCUCAUAUCUCACCCAGAAGAAACCACUCAUCUUCUUUGGUUGUUGCUUCAUCUCCACUCUGGCUCUGCUCCUGUCAAUCACCAUUUUUCAUCAUCGAAAGAAAAGAAAAUUUCGGAAAGCAAAGAACUUACAAAAUAUACCAUUGAGGAAGGGCCACAGUAGAGUUCUUAGCUAA